CGGCCGCGCUGUGGGGAGAGCGUUGCAUGGGCGCGAGACGGUGUGCAGGGCCUGCGGCCGUCCGGCUGCUGCCUGCGCUCCGCUCCGCUCCACUGCUCGCCGGUAGCGACUCCGGGCUUCAUCUCUGGCUGGUCAGUGGACGUUAGGCAAUCCUGAAUGUUGGCUGUGGGAGCUCUCUAGGCACAGCGGCUGCUGGGAUGUUGCGACAGAACGGUGGAAGUAACAAACGUGGUUUGGGAUUGGCCCGGCUGUCUACCUCCAACUUCUUCACCAUCUCUAAUUCAGGAAAUUGGGGAAUGGGGCGCAGCACCAAGAGCAGCUCUUUGAGCAGCAUUAGCUCCAACUCUGACUGCUACGAUAAUCCUGUCGUGGACCCAGAAUACAUCAUGCAACUGGUGAAUGAUGUCAGAAAAUUUGCAGAUGUGCUACUCUACUUGAAGGAAGCCAUUUGUUCAGAAGAAAACCAAGAUGGCCUGCAUCAAGUAGUACACGAACGCUUAGGAGAGUUGCUGCGCGUUUUAAAAGCGGUGAUAAAUAAACAUCAGACUCUGAACUCUGUUGAUAUUCUUAGCGCUGCCGGAACAGUUAUUGCGAAAGUAAAAGCGGUGAACUUCAAAGAAGUUAAUGAAGAAAACAAAAGAGAACUCUUCAGUGAAGUAUUUUCUUCCAUUGAAGCAUUGGCAUUCACAUUUGGAAACGUUAUUUCAGACUUCCUUAUGGGAGAUGUAGACAAUGGCUCGUCGCUGGGACUUCCUGUAUCUCGGAGAAGUCGGUCUUUUGAGAAUCUCUCUGUGGAGUCUGGGGGUUCACUGCAUGAAAGGGAUGAUAUUCAAGGACAUCUUCGAGCAGAGGAGGUUGACAACAUGCUCCUAAGGAAUGACAGUGGAAUUGAAUCGGCUCUGUCAUAUGCUAAAGCGUGGUCAAAAUAUACCAAGGAUGUAGUCGCAUGGGUAGAAAAAAAGCUUAGUUUGGAAGUGGAAUGUGCUAAAAACUUAGCAAAAAUGGCUGAAACCAUUAAAGCUGCUGUUGGACCGCAGGAUUAUAUGCCAUUCCAAUCAAUAUUCCUUAAUGCUCUUCAAAAUGAUAUUGAGAACAAUCAACUUUGGCAACAAACAGCUGCUGCUCUCCAGUCUAACAAAUUUGUGCAGCCUCUUCUGGGAAGAAAGAAUGAGUUGGAUAGACAAAGGAAAGAAAUCAAGGAGCUUUGGCAGCGUGAACAGAAAAAAAUGCAAGAGCUGGAAGCUUCUCUAAGAAAAGCAAAGUUGCUAUAUAUGCAGCGCCAAGAUGAGUACGAAAAGGCCAAAUCCUGCACUGCUCGUGCUGAAGAGGAGCAUCUUAGCUCAAGUGGAAGCUUUGCAAAAGAUGUCAGCAAGCAACUGGAAAAAAAACGAAGGCUAGAAGAGGAGGCUCUUCAAAAAGCUGAAGAGGCCAAUGAAUACUAUAAAGCAAGCAUGGCAGAAGUUGAAGAAAAAAGAAGCGAUUUGGAAAGCUUUAAAAGUGAUGUUUUAACACAGCUUCGGGAACUUAUUUACCAGUGUGAUCUAACUCUUAAAGCUGUAACAGUUAACCUGUUCCAGCUGCAGCAUGCACAGGUUGUAUCUCUUCCAGUAAACUGCCAGUCACUCUGUGAGAGUGCCAAACUUUAUGACCCUGGUCAGCAGUAUUCAGAGUUUGUGAAAAGUUUGCCAAAGGAAGGUGUUCGUAUUGAACGAGGUUCUUUUGAAACCCAAAGCUCCCAGAUCGAUGGGGUUUUUAAUAAGCAAUCAGCCAGCAGUAUCCAUACAUCACAUGGUAACUUAUCUCAGUGUUCAGGAGACUUUCCAACCCAGAUGCUAGAUGAUGUGGGAAGUCCAGUCUAUCAUCGUUCCCAAAGGAUUGGCGAGAAGAGAUCUUCCAGCAGCACAGAUAUCCAAGUGAUUCGAGGGCCACCGCCAUUCAGAUCUUGGUCAGUUGGAAACCAGAGUGGAGGAAUGUGCAGUGAUUCUGAAAGUGCAGGGGGAAGCAGUGAGUCACGAUCUAUGGAUUCACCAUCUGCUAGCCCAGGGGAUUUUAAAAGACGACUUCCACGAACACCUUCUACUGGUACUAUGUCAUCUGCAGAUGAUCUUGAUGAAAGAGAACCACCAUCUCCUUCAGACUGUGGUUUAAAUGAUCUGACAUCUGAAACUGCAAAUUCUCCGGGACCUUUUAGAAACACUAAUAUGUCUAAAGCAGCACAAACACAUAAACUACGGAAGCUGAGAGCUCCAUCUAAAUGCAGAGAAUGUGACAGCUUAGUGGUAUUUCAUGGAGCUGAAUGUGAGGAGUGCUCACUUGCAUGCCAUAAGAAAUGUUUAGAGACAUUAGCUAUUCAGUGUGGACACAAAAAACUUCAUGGAAGGCUUCACUUGUUCGGAGUGGAAUUUGCUCAAGCUGCUAAAAGUGUUCCUGAUGGCAUUCCUUUCAUCAUCAAGAAGUGUACAUCAGAAAUUGAAAGCAGAGCACUGAAUGUCAAGGGUAUCUAUCGUGUGAAUGGAGCCAAAUCAAGAGUUGAAAAGCUUUGUCAAGCUUUUGAAAAUGGAAAGGAUUUGGUUGAGCUCUCAGAACUUUAUGCACAUGAUAUUAGCAAUGUUCUCAAGCUGUAUCUUCGCCAGCUUCCAGAACCCUUGAUUUUAUUUCGGCUUUACAAUGAGUUCAUUGGACUUGCAAAAGAAAGCCAGAGUGUCAAUGAAGAAUUGGAUGCUAAGCAAGCUAGCCCCAAGUCAAAGAAAAGACAAUCGAUCUGUAUUGAACUGAAUAGGAUCAUCAUUAAAAUUAAAGAUCUUCUGAAACAACUGCCUGUACCAAAUUAUAACACUCUUCAGUACCUUAUUGGCCACCUUCACAGGGUUACAGAACAGUCUGAUGAAAAUAAAAUGUCAGCUAGCAACCUUGGCAUAAUAUUUGGCCCAACUCUGAUCAGGCCACGCCAAACAGAUGCUACAGUUUCUUUAUCCUCACUUGUGGAUUAUCCAUAUCAGGCCCGGGUAGUGGAGCUGCUUAUAACAUACUAUGAGAAGAUAUUUGAUGUUUCAUUGCAACCGUUUCUGAGCACAUCACAGACUGAAGAAAAUGCCAUUACAGUCAGAGUUGCUUUAUCAGCAGAAGAGAGGGAACCACAGCAGCAGAGGAAGUCAUUUGUUGCUGUGAAGGAACAGGGUGUUCCAAUAGCUUCAAGUGAAAACAGAGCUUCAGAAACAACUGCAUUGCUUUUGGAAUCGAACAAUAGCAAGAAUGCAAAAGAACAAGUAGAUACAUCUGUAACUGAACAUGUGUCACUGCAACUUGGGGGAACUAAAUCAGAGGGCUCUGGGAAGAGUAAUUCUCUACUAGAAUCAUCAGCUACCAACAUUUUGGACAUUCAUAUUUCUGCUCCAAAAGAGUCAGGUGAUGCUGUGAAUCCAGCUUCAGAGAAAGACAGUCAUUCAUUUGUUUCUGCAAGUGAAGAGAGCUGUAAAGUUAACUUAUUUCCUGCAAAACCUAAUCGUCAAAUUACCAAAGUUCCAUUGAGGGUUCCAAGGACAAAACCAGCUAUUCGCCCUGUGAGCUUACCUGUAGAUCGAAUACUUCCUCCCUGUGUUUUGAAUGAGAGAAAUUCACGAAAUGCAGGAGUUGUAAGUCCAGAAAAGGUUGGCAGAAGCCCUACUAUUGAAGAAGUUUCAGAGGUUAAGGCACUCCCUGCUGUCAAUACAUUCUGCAGACUUUCUUGUUGUGACACUCAGAUGCUUCAAAAAACCUGGGACAAGCAAUAUAAACAGUAUGAUAUCACAGCAAGGACAGCAAUGAUUGUGACAAAUGUGCCCCAGGAGAACCGAGCACUUGAGGGUGGAACUGCAGGUGCCUUAUCAUCAUCAUGUAGUAACAGUUCAGCUAAUGCCAUUCUUCCUAGUAAGCCAUAUUCUCUUUCUGUCAGGUCAGGAAGGACAGCAACAGAUGGGAACAGUCCUGAUGCCCAUUCUCUUGCUGCCUUCAGGGCACCAAGAACACUACAACCACCCCCAGGGACAUUUUAUAAACCACCUCCUAACAAAUCCAAACAAAGUGAAAGGAGUUCAGUAGAACAAGCCAAAGCUUGUGCAUCAACAAGUGCUAGCUCUGUGCUUCAGCAGGAUACUGUGAAACUGGCUAGGAGCUCUGCACUUCCAUCGGGCAAUCCUGGACAAAGCACAAAUGAACAAAAAACUGGCUCAGAGGAUACUCACUCCACAGAUUUGAAACCUGCUUACCAGAGACUAAGGCCAAAAAGGAUCCAAGAGCUAGAACACAGGGAAGCUCACUUUGUAUAGGGUGCAAAUUCCUCUUGGACUGAAUGCAAUGUGUUGAUCUUGUCAAAGUGAAGCUUCCCCUGACCCUUUAUCAUUUGCUUUCCCUUGAGAAUCCUACUUUUGUGCCAUAUGGGAGUUAUUUUUUAUAUAUGCUGCCUUUUAAAAGUGGGGGGAGGGGGGUGUGGAAUUGUGAUGGUAAUGAGUCAAAUAUUUUCUUGUAAUUCAGUGGAUUUUCAUAGAUUUAUUGCAUUCCCAGUCUAGAUACAGCCAAUGGAUUCAUUGAAUAAGAUAUAUAGAGCUUCAUUUCAUUGUAUGGAAUGAAGUGCUUAACUAUAGAGGAAUGACUAUCACAUGUAGCAAUGAAAUGACAUAUUUUUCAUAAUAGAUGUUAUUAAUAAAAAUUGAAGGCCUGGUAUUCACUGUUUAAGCAUAAACCAAAGCUUGUGCUUUGCUCUAUAAAAGCAUUUGUUCAGUUUUCUAAUCUGUGCAAUGAAGGCUUUGCUCCUGAACAGACUUACAUACUGGCCACCAUGGCCCAUAAUUAUGUAUCAUAUGUGUAUAUUUAGGCAGAUGUGGUUAUCUGUUGCCAGUUCUCUAUGUUGUCACUUUAAUAUUAUUAUUAUUAUUAUUUUGUACAGCAAGAAUGCACUUACUGAGCUUCACCAUUCAGAAGCAGCUAUUGAGCCACAUCUGGUUUCUUGUGUAGCUUAGUGAGUGGGACAAAUGUGCACAGUCUGUUUGGUGUGGGUGCCCCUGUGGGGAGGCUCAGCUGCAGCGGUGCUGUCUCUCCUAGCGGACCGAAGCAGCAGCGGUUUGCUUGCUGUAGAUCAGUUUCACCGUUAAGCUGGUGUCACUGAAAUGAAGAGCAUGGCUUCCAAGUUUCAGCAAAAGACCUGAAAAUAACCAAAAAUCCACAGCAGUAGGUGCAUCUAACUGUUUCCACUUUGUAUUAAAUGGUUUUUAUGUGUACACCGUUAUAUUUGCUUUGAAAUAUAUUAACUUGUUAACA